UGCUGGCAUUUGCUCUGCCUAACAAGGUUUGUUGAGCCGAGCCCAUUUCCUUAUUGGUAAAGGCAGAGUACCAGACCGAAUGUCCUCUUGCAAUCCCAGAGUCGGGGUGAUUGAUAGCAGGCAGCCUUCUAGUCGACCUCCCUGCAAAGAUACAGAAUGUGGAUCUCUUCUGCUGGCAGCACAAAGGGCCCAUUUGUACAGCAAUGUGUUGAAUACGGUGCAUUAUUACUGACAUUUGUAUUGGGUACAGUGCAGGGCGUGGAGUUUCUCUGAGACAAACACAGGAAUACCCCGAGAUAAUGUGAGCAGUAUCUCCGAAGUCCAGGCUGAGUCAUAUGGUAGGUGCUGUUUGGAAUAUCUAGCCUGCCUGCCUUGCAGAUUCAAAUGCCUCGGGCAGGAGGGUGAGCUGGCUGCCGAUCCUGCUCUGCUCCUGGGUUUGCUGUGUAGCCCUUGGUAGAACGUCAUGACAUGAAUACCUUAAGCCUGCCCCUGAACAUACGCCGAGGGGGGUCAGACACCAACCUCAACUUUGAUGUACCGGAUGGCAUCCUGGACUUCCACAAGGUCAAACUCACUGCAGACAGCCUGAAGCAAAAAAUUCUAAAGGUAACAGAGCAGAUAAAAAUUGAGCAAACUUCGCGCGAUGGGAAUGUUGCGGAGUAUCUGAAACUAGUGAACAGCGCGGACAAGCAGCAGGCGGGACGUAUCAAGCAAGUCUUUGAGAAGAAGAAUCAGAAAUCAGCUCACUCCAUCGCCCAGCUGCAGAAGAAGUUAGAGCAGUAUCAUCGAAAGCUCAGAGAGAUCGAGCAGAAUGGAGCCUCCAGGAGCUCAAAGGACAUUUCCAAAGACCACCUGAAGGAUAUACAUCGCUCUUUGAAAGAUGCCCACGUGAAAUCUCGAACUGCCCCCCAUUGCAUGGAGAGCAGCAAAUCGGGCAUGCCAGGGGUCUCGCUUACUCCACCUGUGUUUGUUUUCAAUAAGUCCAGAGAGUUUGCCAACCUGAUCCGGAAUAAGUUUGGCAGCGCUGACAACAUUGCUCACUUGAAAAAUUCCUUAGAGGAGUUUAGGCCAGAGGCGAGUGCCAGGGCCUACGGGGGCAGCGCUACCAUCGUGAACAAACCCAAGUAUGGCAGUGAUGAUGAAUGUUCGAGUGGCACGUCAGGCUCGGCCGACAGUAACGGAAACCAGUCGUUUGGGGCUGGUGGAGCCAGCACACUGGACAGCCAGGGGAAGCUCGCCGUGAUCCUGGAGGAACUGAGGGAGAUCAAGGAUACCCAAGCUCAGCUGGCUGAGGACAUCGAGGCACUGAAGGUGCAGUUUAAGAGAGAAUAUGGUUUUAUUUCUCAGACCCUGCAAGAGGAAAGAUACAGGUAUGAGCGACUGGAGGACCAGCUGCAUGACCUGACGGACCUGCAUCAGCAUGAGACAGCCAACCUGAAGCAGGAGCUGGCCAGCAUUGAGGAGAAGGUGGCCUACCAGGCCUACGAGCGCUCGCGGGACAUCCAGGAAGCCUUGGAAUCCUGCCAGACUCGCAUUUCUAAGCUGGAGCUCCACCAGCAGGAGCAGCAAGCUCUGCAGACAGACACCGUGAAUGCUAAAGUUCUCCUGGGGAGGUGCAUCAACGUGAUCCUGGCCUUCAUGACUGUCAUCUUAGUGUGUGUGUCCACCAUUGCGAAGUUCGUCUCGCCCAUGAUGAAGAGUCGCUGCCACAUUCUUGGCACCUUCUUUGCCGUGACUCUUCUUGCUAUAUUUUGUAAAAACUGGGACCAUAUCCUGUGUGCCAUAGAAAGGAUAAUAAUACCAAGAUGAAGCCACUGGUUCCUGCCUUCAAGUUCUUCCAAGUUUUUGUUUUAAAGAAAACUCCGUGCAUACUACCAAAUUUUACAACGAAUGAUUGUGCGGACUCGUGUGUGAGAAAAACUAGGGCUGUGUGGUGUAAAUAACUACAAUUCUCUUAACUUGGUAGCAGUUGCCAACUCAGUCCUUGUACUUCGUUAACACGAAUCUGUUUCAGAGCUCUCCUACCUUGCUCACUGCCUUAAUCAGACCGAUUUCCUGCCCACCUGACUAGCCCAGCGUGGUAAACCUCUGUAUAUUGAGACCUUGGCAUAAUUGGUGAUCCAGAAGAAAGGGGUCUCUCUCCUAAGUCUCUGUCAGAAUUGAGCUUCACAAUUGCUAAUGGUUAUUUUCUGUGAGUCCUAUAAAAAGCAAGGAUAUGCAUGAUUCAGGGAAUGAAGAAUCACAGCCUUGGGCGGUGUUAAACACUGUGGCCUGUGGUCCCAGUGUGAUCCACCCUGCUUGUCUCCAGGCGACCAUAGGUCCCAUCAUGUACUCAGUGUCCACAGCGGUCAGUCGUGUAUGACCCUGUAACAUGGAAAUCUUAUCACACACCUGUUAUCCAACAAGUCUACCUGAGGGGUUGUGUUACACUUUAAAUGGGAAGGCAUAGGGAUUUAUGAAUGGGGCUUUCACCUUCUCAUACCCAGGCAACCAACACCUGAUUUUGUCUGAACUGGCUAGCAAAUGCCCAGCCUUCAGAGUGUGCAGGAAUGUUUUCGAAUCCCUCAUCAGACUGGGACUUUAACAUUAAUUUGGAAUCCUGUGAGCACUACUCUGAAGGUUUGUGUUUUGGCAAACCUUUUUUUUUUUUUUUUUUUGAGACAGGGCUCUGCUAAAUAUUGCUCAGGCUGGUUGCAAACUCCUUGUUUCAAGGGAUCCUCCCACCUCAGCCUCCCAAGCAGCCAGGACUGCAGGCACAAGCCACCAUGCUUGGCUGUUUUUUGGCAAAUCUUGAUUGUGAUAAGCCCCCCUGGAGGAUAUGAUUCACUUGAUGUGAUUCAUUUUAUUCACAGGUCUGUGAGGGACUGCAAAGCUUACUCAGGACAUGAAAACAAAUGAUGGUCAGGUUGCAGUUUUUUUCCUUGAAGGACAACAGAAUCAUAGCCUCUAAAGUUAAAGUGCACUGAGGUGUCGGAACGCUGAAAGCAGGAGGAAACGAGGACACAGGGUGUGACUGAAUGGCGGCUAGAUUAGUGGGAGCAAUUCACCUGGAUGAAGCUUGAGAGCGUCCUCUUCGAGAUGUGAAAGGCUAGCAAGAAUAAAAUAAAUUAAGUCCGUGUUUGAGCCAAGGUUGCCACCUGUCUCAACAUCUCACUCCACAUAAGUCCUGAGGUAUUGGGAUGGCCACACUGCCUCUGAGCUGAAAACAUUCAAAAGUUCACAUCCCUGUUUGGGGGAUACCAUUGACCACCUUCAGCCCAGAUGAUAGUUUCCUUCAAAUCUGUGUCUCUGUGUGUAUAACAAAGAGGAAGAUGUAAACAAUGUCCCACCACUCCCGCCAUCUGCUGCAGGCAGGAAGGCAUGUGAGUGUACAUUUUCUUCCAGAAGACAUCAGGUCUCCUGGAUUCAAAUUAAGUGCAAUAUUUUGCAAACAGCUCUUAGGGAAAUCUCCUGAAGGAAAAAAAAAUGUGGCAGAAUGUGCCAUAGUCUGAGAGAAUGGAAGAGUUGAGCAUUUAGUACAAGUCCAGUGUGUAUGAGUGGGACUUACGCAGCUCAAGCUUGCUUUUUUUUUUAAGUGUACAAUUCAGUGGUUUUAGUAAAUUCACAAACUUGUUCAACCAUCACCACUAUCUUAAUUCCAGACUCACGCUUUUUUAAACAAUAAAUGUCAUUUCAUGAAAUCUUUGGUGAUAAAGUAUUUUGGAUUCAGGGAAGAGGGAGUUACCAGUCCCACCCCGAUCUCAUGGCUGUCUCUCCUUUCAUUGUCAGACUGCCCCUGGUCUACCACGUUGAUGUGUAUACACUGACCUUUCAAGUCUAGGGGACAGAUAAGGAGGCCAGGUGCAAGGCAGGGAGGCAGAGAGAAUGUUGUGCUUCCUUUAGCUUUUGUAUUCCAAUGGCCAGCAUUACCCUUUACCUGUCGGCAUCAGACUCAGCGUGGGCUGAGAGCUGAGUGUAACUUACACUCCUAAAUCAAGCUGGGGCCUGGGUGGGCCCCUCUUGGUAUCUGUGAAUCUUUCCAAGCACCACUUUGGACACACCAGGGACUGAGUGCUGCUGUUAGUUUAGAGAAGGAGAGAUUUCUAACCCUUGAGGUGAAGGGCUCUGGGAGGGUCCAAGAAGUAGGCCUCAUUUUCACACCAGCCCACACCAUUCCAGUGCUCAGCCUAGCAAAUGUGCUUUAAUGCACACUUCUCAGAACUGUGAUCUGUGUAUCUUCUCCCCAGUGACAGAAGUAGAGAAGAGAAUGGAAAGCAGCACACUCUGUCCCCUCUAGUCUGGAGCUGUUAACAGAACCUGCUAGAAACUAGCUUUAUUCUAACAUACCGUAGGGGCUAAAUCCUCCUACCUGGAUCAUGAAUUCCUUUUAAAUAAUUCAUAUUUUCAUUGACUCUCACUAAAUGUCAAAUAACCUUGUUUUCACUUGGAUAGGCUCAACCUACCUGGCAUAUUUAUUUCGCAGUCUUGUUGAAAGUUCAUGAAACUUUGUACUUUUUAAUAAGAUGAUACACUCGAAGGAAACUUUUAAUCUCUGCAGUUUAUUCUCUCUUAAGGAAUAAACACUCCCACUGUUUAUUCUCUUCAAUGCGUAAGGAGAUUAAAUGACAUUUUAGAAAUAUUACAAUUAAAAAUAGUGAUGUAGCUAUAACAUAUGCUGGAAUUGGAUAUUUAAUUUAUGUUUGUGUCAACUAUAAUCCUUUCUCCACACCUUUCAUUUAUGGUAAACAUCUUGGGCAAACCCAAAGAUGGAAAGUGCUUGUUGGGUGGUAAGCACCACCUGGUCGCUCAGCAAACAUUCCUGAGUGGUUGAAGAUGCUGGACAUUGGAUUCUAGCACUGGGUUUAUCUGGUGACAUACUCUCCUGUGGGUCUGAGUUGGUUAUUUCAAGCUCAAACUUUGAAUAUGAUUAAACCAGAACACCCCACCCCCAACUGCCAAAAAAAAAAAAAAAAAAAAUGGAAAUCCAUAGUGAAACAGCAAAAAAGCACUCCGUUGCUGGGUUUGGACAAUGAACGUGGGAUUAGUCCCAAGUUUCUAGCUUGGAACGGUAGCCUUUUUGCCUGCGUGAUCCUUGUCAGCUAUUCACAGAAGGAAAUCUUCCGAAACUCCGUCUUUCAUUUCAGCCGGUGAGGCUGUUAUCCUUCUCUGUCAAUUAGCAUUCAUGUGGUUUUUGCUCUUUCCAGCUCUGUCAUUCUUGUUUUCAUUUAAAUAUUGCCCCACUCUGUGUUUAUUGCCUUGCCAUUUCUCUAGCAUAUCAGGUUUAAUUAUGGGCUCAGUAAUAAUGAGGAACUAGCUUCCCUCAGGCAACUAAUUGCUUUUGUCUUUUUUGGUCGGAUUGUACCAAAUUAUUUUGCAUUGAAUGGGAACGUUUUUGCAGUGAAUCCAGAUAUAGUUGUAUUGGUUUGGAAAAACAUUUAAAUAUAUUUAUUCAUAUGAACAUGUGUGAUUAAACAACCUAUUUUACAUGUUUCUGUAAUUCUGAGGAGUGGGCUGGGGGUAGGAAGAAAUGGCAUCACUUAAAAUUCAGGGUUUAUAUGAAGAGGUGUUUUAAGGUUAGCACAUGCACAAAGGAACGAGUUGGUUUAAAAAGAUAAAUCACUGCAAAGAAUGAAACUGGCUUAUUCACAUCAAAACUAGAUAAGAUGCUUUAAAAAAAGAUACGAAACAGAACUAACCUAUAGUUUCCUGAAAUCAGUACAGUUCUAUUUAUAAGAAGCUAGAAAGUAAUGCACCUUGAUUGUUUUAGGAAUGAUUUAUGUGUUGCAAUUUUAAUUUAUUUAAAGCAUGUCUACUGUGUUUGUCCUAAGAGAAAUAUUUCAACAAAACGUGCUCCGUGUUUAAGAUAUGUUUAGGCAGUAGUUAGCAACUCUGAAAGUAGAAACUGGAAAUGUUUAUUGUGAGGCUUGUUGCAGAAUUUCCAUUUUGUGAGUUACUACUUAGUUUCAUGUCAGCCUAAAAUUGUAAAUUCCCUGUAGAUCUUCACCCCAUUGUGAUGUCAUCAAUGAAUCCAAAGCAGGUGCCAUUAUUUUUUUAAAUAAAUUCUUGAUGUUAGCUUUGGUGUUAAAUAAAGAGGUAGAUUUCUUAAAUUUU